UUAUCAAUCAUAAAAUUGAAGAAGCAAUCUUGAUCCAAUCAUCUACACUUGGUCUGCAGCCAUUUUCCUAUACCCCUUUUGCCCCUCUUAUCACUUUGUGUAUUUCUUCAUUUCAUUACCAAACAAACUUCCACCCCCACCCCCCCCUCUCUAUUACAAAUAUAUGUCUUAAGGUAUUAGUGAAAAUUGAGAAGUGAAAUCUAAGAUGGUAAGGAAAUGUUCACAUUGUGGGAACAUAGGCCACAACUCAAGAACUUGCACAAAACCAGGAAAUGCAGCAAGUAGCUGUCGAGGAAUUCGACUUUUCGGCUUCCAGCUCGAUGUCGUCUCGUCCUCCUCGAUUCCCAUCAAGAAAAGCUUUAGCCUCGACUGCCUCUCCGCCGCCACGUCAACGCCGUGUUCUUCUUCCUCGUCAUCCUCGAUGACGGGGCUGUCCCGAAUUCAAAUAAUCCCGAACAAGCCCUCCAACGGCUACUUAUCGGACGGCCCCUUCGGCCGGGCUCCGGACAAGAGGAAAGGAGUUCCAUGGUCGGCCGAGGAGCACAGCGCGUUCCUUUUGGGGCUAGAAAAGCUCGGAAAAGGGGAUUGGCGAGGAAUCUCUAGAAAGUACGUGAAAACCCGAACUCCUACGCAAGUUGCUAGCCACGCUCAAAAGUAUUUCCUCCGACAAAACUACAACAGUAACAACAACAACAACAAUGACGACAAGAAUAAAAAGCGGCGUUCUAGCCUAUUCGACAUGGAGUUUGGUGGCUGCAAGAAUGGUGGUUCGUCGUCGCGACGGCGACUAAUCGAAAUCAACUUGAAUGGUGUGGAAGAAGAAGAGUUGGAGCUGAGGCUUUCGUCCUCUUCAUCAACAUCAACUCCCAAAGUAAUGUUGAUUGCCCCAAAGAGUCCUUCAAGACCUCUUAUUAGCGUUACUUAAUUAAAAUUUAAAUAAUAUAUAUAUAUAUAUAUAUAGACAUAUGUGUAAUUAAGGUUAUUGCAAUGCAAUAUUUAUUUAUUUGUUUGUUA